AUUUCUCACCCUCUUGGGCUCCCGAGCGCGUGCGGUCCUCUCACUGUUACUUUGUAACAGCCCCUUUUUAAUAAGCAAGACCAACGUUUUCUAACGUAGUUUGCCAACAUUUUCCUUGUUUAUCAUUUGCUUUUUAAUAUUUUACCUGAAAAUAAUAUGCAGUAAUUUUUUUAAUGCAAGCAAGUCUAAAAAAUAAAGCGAAGGUCGCAGCCACUGCCUGGAAGGGCUGCGUCCCGUGUCUCGGGGAGCUGGAUCCCUCCAAUUGUCACCAGUUGCCAUUUUCUCCCCCAGUGGCGUGAGGUCGAGACUGUGUGGGUUUUAGUCUUAGUAUUUCCUUUGUGAUCUUCCAGUUCGCAUUCUUCUCUAGGUCCUCAGAACCUGCCCACACCCAGGCCUCCACAUCAGGUGUUCAGACCAGAUCCCUGGAUCACUUUGGACCCAGUUCACCAGAACCCAGUGUGCACUUCAUGCCUCCAUUGCCAACCACUGGUGGAGCCAUCACUGGGCUAGCAGCCCCUGCUGCAUCAGAGCUCAAGGGCCUCAGGGGAUCCUCCGAUUCCCAUCUUCCUCAGACACCCCAGGGGACCGGGCCAUGGCAGCAGCCAGGCUCCUGCCCCUCCCAGCAGGAUCCCAGGCCAAGGUGACUUUCGAGGACGUGGCUGUGCUCCUCACUCGGGAGGAAUGGGACCACCUGGGACCUGCUCAGCGGGGCCUCUACCGACAUGUGAUGAUGGAGACCUACGGGAAUGUGGUCUCACUGGCAGGACUUCCAGGAUCCAAGCCGGACUUGAUCUCCCAGCUAGAGCGAGGAGAAGAGCCGUGGGUCCUGGGCAGGCCAGGGUCUCAGGAGAGCAGAGGCCCAGGCCGUGGCCACUCAGAAGACCUCAAACGUGACCACGUGACAGCUCAUAUGCAAGACAGUUCAUCCUGUCCAUGGGAGGUGGAGGACGAGGGCGAGACCCAAGAGAGGGGCUCGAAUCCGAAGCCACUGGCCCCAGACGCAGUAGCCGCGGUCCCGGAGAGAGCGCCCCCCGGGCGGGCUGGCCCCGAGGCCCGGGCCCCGAACCCCGGCGAGCCUUCGCCCGGGUGCGCGGCCCCCGCGGGCGGGGAGAGGCCCUACAGGUGCGUGGAGUGCGGGAAGAGCUUCGGCAGGAGCUCCCACCUGCUCCAGCACCAGCGGACGCACACGGGCGAGAAGCCGUACGUGUGCGCCGUGUGCGGCAAGGCCUUCAGCCAGAGUUCGGUCCUCAGCAAACACAAGCGGAUCCACACGGGCGAGAAGCCCUACGAGUGCGGCGAGUGCGGCAAGGCCUUCCGGGUGAGCUCGGACCUCGCGCAGCAUCACAAGAUCCACACGGGCGAGAAGCCGCACCAGUGCCCCGAGUGCCGGAAGGCCUUCACGCAGCUGUCGCACCUGAUCCAGCACCAGCGCAUCCACACCGGGGAGAGGCCGUACGUGUGCGCGCUCUGCGGGAAGGCCUUCAGCCACAGCACCGUCCUGCGCAGCCACCAGCGGGCGCACACUGGCGAGAGGCCGCACGCGUGCGGGGAGUGCGGCCGCGCCUUCAGCGUCCGGAGGGCGCUCGUGCAGCACCAGCGGGCGCACAGCGGCGAGAGGCCGUACGCGUGCGGCCAGUGCGGCCGCGCCUUCAGCGACCGCUCGGUGCUCAUCCAGCACCAUAGUGUGCACACGGGCGAGAGGCCGUACGAGUGCGGCCAGUGCGGCAAGGCCUUCGGGCACCGCUCCACCCUCAUGAACCACGAGCGGAUCCACAGCGCCGAGAAGCCCUACGGGUGCUACGCGUGCGGGAAGGCCUUCGUGCAGCACUCGCACCUGACCCAGCACCAGCGCGUGCACACUGGCGAGAGGCCCUUCGUGUGCGGCCAGUGCGGGCAUGCCUUCAGCGCCCGCAGGUCCCUGGUCCAGCACGAGAGGGUCCACACGGGCGAGAGGCCCUUCCGGUGCACGCAGUGCGGCAAGGCCUUCAGCCUGAAGGCCACGCUCAUCGUGCACCUGCGGACCCACACGGGCGAGAGGCCCUACGAGUGCGGCCGCUGCGGAAAGGCUUUCAGCCAGUACUCGGUGCUGGUGCAGCACCUGCGGACCCACACGGGCGAGAGGCCCUACGAGUGCGCGCAGUGCGGCCGCGCCUUCAGCCAGCACGGGCACCUGGUCCAGCACCAGAAGGUGCACGCGCCGCCGGGACCGCGCCGCCGGGAUGCACCUGGCUCAGGGCAGCCUCACGUCCCAGAGGAGCCCCCGUUUGGGCUGCAGGGGCCCUUCAGUGACCCUGUGGCACAGAGUAACUCCGAGGAGCAGGAGUGAGUGUGUGUCCUGUGGACAAACCUCGAACACCUGUUUUAUUUUUCUCAACAUCUUGAAGUCACAGUGGAGAGUAAUCCCACAAUUAUGGUGAAAUAUAGUCAGGACAGCCAUAAUUCAUUCAUUCUUCAGCAUUAGACAGUUUAUUUGGAGUAAUAAAACUUCCUCACACUCCACUGAUUUAUCUUAGAACGUCACAUGCCUUUCCUACAUAACAAUGAUUAUUCUAUUGUAUGUAGAAUAUUGGACUGUUUUCAGUAUUCUGUUCAAACACUAAAGUGCUGUGUGGAUAAAAUGAUAUAAAGUCCUUUAUUCAGUACUUUAA